CAAGUAUGUCCUCCUACGAUCGCUUAUCUGAGCUCAAAGCCUUCGACGAGACGAAAGCAGGCGUCAAAGGCCUCGUCGAUGCAGGCAUCACAACCAUCCCUCGCUUCUUCCACGACUCUCUCACGGACAAAACCAUCAAUCCAAACCCACAGAUCUCGAUCCCCAUAAUCGACUUACAAUCUGAUCAAAGAAUCCAAGUCAUCGACGAGGUGAAGCGAGCAUCGGAGACGUUCGGGUUCUUCCAAGUGGUCAACCAUGGAGUGCCCCAAGAAGUCAUGGAGGGGAUAAUUGAAGGAGGAAGGAGGUUUAAUGAGGAGGGUAAUGAAGUGAAGAGGAUGUAUUAUACGAGGGAUACGAGUAAGAAAGUGUAUUUCAAUAGUAAUUUUGAUCUGUAUCAGGCGCCCUCGGCGAACUGGAGGGAUACCCUGACCUGUCUUAUGGCGCCGGAGACCCUUCAGCCGGAUGAACUGCCGCUUGCUUGCAGGUAAACUUCAUCUUCAAACCUGAAUAAAUUUAGUCUUUCAUAUGAAUUUGAGUGCAGUUUGGAUUCACGACGCCAGCUUAAACAUUCAAAAUAAAAGACACAUUUCCAAACCUGAAAUCUCCUCACACGAAAUAGAGGGAACAUAAGUAUGCCACUUGAAUCAAAACCCUUGAAUCACUGCACAACUCACAAAGUGUGUUUCGAUUCGAGGGACGUUUUCAAUUAGUACACCUGAGUCGCAAAAAAAGCCGAAAAGGAAUAUAUGAAUCACUUCAGUUACUUU